GGUUAAACAACAACCAGCAAAAGUUCAAAGGUCAAACACAAACUUCAAACAUGGCUAGCAAAAUGAAUGAUGAAUUGCUAUCUACAGAGUUCUUUGGGUUCCAUCCUGGAAAGUUGUACAAGGAGAUCUACGCUGUAGGCUACAACGAGUUCAUAGAGGCAGUUAAAGCUCUCAAGAAAGCUCUUCAUGAUGAAUUUCCUGACAAUCAGGACGAGAUUGACAGAAGCUGCGACUCUUUCCUGACUGAGUACUGUGAGACAUUCGAUAAGAAAUGGUUUAAAGUGUUCGCUGAUUUCUGCUCCAAGAAUGUGUUUAAAAUACCUGCCCACGUACCUGUGUAUGACCCUGAGUUGAACGAAAGAGAAGCCAAUCAAGAGGCAGCUGUGAGAGUGCGACAACUCAAGAACAAGGUGCUAGCAAUGGAGUACUUCAAUUGUCGCCUCCUCGAGAAGAUUAAAGAAGUCGAUGGCCAGAUUGCAGAGAGGGAACAACUGAAGGAAAGAAUCGAGCAGAUGAAGGUUAAAGUGGAGGUUAUAAAGAAAGGCAGAGAGUUGGAAGCGGAGCUGACGUCCAUCACUGAUGAACUACCUCACAACGAAACACACCAAACUGAGGCAUAGUAGACUCUAACAUCAUAAAUUAUACUAUCUCUUAAAAAUUAUUAUCUUCAAAAUUUUCAAAUUUCUAUUAUAUAAUUAUUAUAACCAGUUACAAUUCUCAUGUUUCUUAUCCCUCAAUAAUAAUCUUGUUCACAAAAA